AUGUUGCGUGUUUUCAAUUUUCGAGUUGGAAUAUCUCGAUUAUAUUCUGUGAAAGCAGCAAAAAAAGAUGUAAAGAAAUAUACAGACACGAUUAAUUUACCAAAGACAAAGUUCCCUAACCGCCUCAGUGCAGCCAAACGCGAGGAACAGGAGCGACAAUUGCUGGCUGACAAGAUAGCCGUUGCGUAUGAAUAUCAGGAGCAUCGACAACUGGGUGGGAAGAGGAAACCUACGUUUGUGCUGCACGAUGGACCGCCCUAUGCUAACGGGCAGCUGCACAUGGGACACGCCGUCAACAAGAUCCUCAAAGACAUCACUCUGCGACAGCGGGUGACCCGUGGACAGAAGGUCAACUACAUUCCUGGCUGGGACUGCCACGGUCUGCCCAUUGAGCUGAAGGCGACAAGUGCAGCAGAGGGCCAGAGUGCUGCUGAAAUACGACAGAAAUCACGCGCGUUUGCUCUGGAGGCCAUUCAGUCACAGAAGGAAGAGUUCAGCAGCUGGGGGAUAUUGGCCAACUGGCAAAAAGACAACAUUUACACGACCUUUCAUCCAGAAUUUAUUGAAAAUCAGCUUCAAAUGUUUCACAAUCUUUAUGAACGCGGCCUCGUUUAUCGCGAUUUGAAGCCGGUGUACUGGUCCCCGUCUUCCAGAACAGCUUUGGCGGAGGCCGAGCUGGAGUACGAUGCCAAUCACAUAAGUCCUUCAGUAUAUGUACGCUUCGCCCUAAACCCCAGUGGACUGGAGGUUGAGACCAAAGGGUCGCAGACCUAUGCACUUGUGUGGACCACCACGCCCUGGACUCUGCCCAGCAAUCAAGCGAUUUGCUUCAAUGGCUCCCUCGAGUACGUUUUGGUCAGAUUGUUGGAUCGCAACCCAAGUGAGCUCUACCUCAUGGCCUCCGCUCUCUUGUCAGCCUUUGAGGCCUCCACGCAGCUUAAAUGCGAGGUGGUCCAGACGUUGCCCGGAAGCUCAUUGAGCACGCUUACCUAUAAGCAUCCCAUAGACAAGGAACAGACCCAUCUGCCCUUCUUCGAUGCCAGCCAUGUACAGGACAGCAAGGGCACGGGCCUGGUUCACACCGCACCUGCGCACGGACCAGAGGACUUUCUGGUUAGCCUGGACAAGAAAAUACCCGUUAAAUGCAUGGUGAACGAGGCAGGCGCUUAUACAAUGGAAGCGCCCAGCUUUCUACGCGGACAAUCUGUGCUGGAACAGGGUAAUCCUCUCGUGCUGCAGCACAUAGCAGAGGAUGUUAUACACUCUGCCAAACUAGAACAUUCCUAUCCCAUUGACUGGCGGACCAAGCAACCAGUAAUCAUUCGGGCCAGCGAGCAGUGGUUCAUCAAUACAGAUCGGCUGAAAUCCCGUGCUGCCGCAGCGCUGGAGCAAGUAGACGUCUAUCCACGUACCAAUGCCGAGGCGAGCAAAAGAGCAAUGCUCACCCAACUGCAGAAGCGACCCUACUGGUGCAUAUCAAGACAGCGGGCUUGGGGCGUGCCCAUACCUGUUCUCUACAGUCGGAAGAGUGGACAAGUGGUGCUCAAUGCAGCACUGAUAGAACACCUCUGCAGUCUGCUGCGCAGCCAAGGCUCCAUGGACUUCUGGUGGUCCAGGUCAUUGGAGGACCUGCUACCUCCUCAAAUCGCGGCCGACCUCGGCUACGAAGUAAAGGAUCUAGUCAAGGGCAGUGACAUACUCGACAUUUGGUUUGACUCGGGCAGCACUUGGUCUGCGGUGCUGAAGAAGGAACAGGUGGCGGAUCUCUAUCUGGAGGGAUACGAUCAGUUCACGGGCUGGUUUCAAUCCUCGCUGCUCACGAGCAUCGCUGCCCGCGACUGCGCUCCUUACAAGGCGCUCUUCGUUCAUGGCUUCACAGUGGACGAGAAAGGGCACAAGAUGUCCAAGUCGCUGGGCAAUGUAAUUUCCCCAAAACAGAUUACCAAGAAGUACGGGACAGACGCUCUACGUUGGUGGGUGGCCUCCCAUGGAACCCAGCACACGUCCAUUACGGUCAGCGACAAGUUGCUCCAGAAGGCGACUGAGAACCUUAGCAAGGUGCGCGGAACACUGCGUUAUCUAAAGGGUGUGAUCGGAGAAAAGCAGAGAGAAGGCCGAGAGGAGCUGGAGCAGCCAAUUCUGGACGCUAGCUUUUUAAACAAGUAUCUGUUGAGCAACUUGCUUGACUUCGAAUCAGAGAUCGAAAAACUCUACAACGCGUAUGAGUACAAUCGCGUGGUGGCCUGCAUCCAGAACUUCAUUGCCAAUCAGGUGUCGUCCAUUUAUGUGCACCUAAUCAAGGAUCGCCUCUACUGCGGCGACGAUCGGGAGCUGCUGGCCAUUCGUCAGACGCUAACCCAUUGCUAUCGGCAGCUGUGCAAGAGCUUGUGGCCCAUAGCUCCCUUUUUGGUGGAGGAAAGCUGGAGCUAUUAUGAUCCAUCGGGAAGUGCCUUCCACGAGCAGAUGGUCCAGGCCCAAAAAGACUGGCAUGAUCCCAAAGCCGUUAAUGUCGUGAACGCAGCCCUCGAUGUUAAGCGCCUGAUCAACCAGCAGGCUGGAGAUGUUAACAGCUGGCACCUGGCUGUUACCAUCAAGAGUGGCAGCCAGUUGGAGCUGCUCCGUGAACUGCAACCCGCUUUCGGGGAGCCUAUGCGUAGCUCCGAGCUGUCUGAGAUACUGCAGGUGGGCAGCGUUGCAGUCGUACAGACUGAUCUGGACGAAGACCUGGACAUUUCCUUGACAGCACUUGACGCACCGCUUUGUCCGCGGUGUCGUCGCUAUAGUCUAGACGAAGAUGCUGAGCAAGAGACGUGCCAGCGUUGCGCCCAGGUAAUGGAAUCGAAAAAUUAGUGGCUCAAUCUUGUUGUUAAUAAUUGUUGGAAGUAGAUAUGUAUUUAUGUUUC